AUGGCGGCCGGCCGCGAGCGCAACAGCGUGCUCGUCGCGGCGAUCGUCGCCGUCGUCUUCCUCUGCGGCAUCCUCUUCGUCCAGAACACGCAGGCGUCCGUGUCGACGCUCCACCACGAAGGCCAGGCGCUGUCGCUGGAAACGGGCGCUGCGGCGCCGGCGGCGGCCGCGGCGCCCGCCGCGCCGGCGCCGGCGCCGUCGCUCUGGGAGCGCGCCGCCGCCGCCGUCGCCGGCACGGCGCUGGGGUCGUCGACGGCCUUCGACGCGGCGACCGCGGAGGUCUUCGGGUCUUCCGACUCCGGGGGCCUGGACGCGGCGAUCGCGGCGAAGCGCGCGGCCAUCGAGGCGCUCGCGAAGCAGACCGCGGCGCUCAAGGCCGAGCAGGAGCGCAUCCUGCGGCAGGCGCAACAAACCGCGCCCGCGGCGGCCGCGGCCGCGGCCGCGCCGGAGCCGCCGGCGCUCGCGGGCGAGUCGACGACGGCCGCGGCGCUCCUCGGCGGCGGCGACGACGGCCUGUCGCGCGAGGAGCGGCGGGCGAAGCGCAAGGCCGCGCGGCGCGAGGCCGCGGGUGCGGGUGCGCCCGCCGGCGGAAAGCAGCGCCACGUGCGCUUCCACCUCGCCGGGGGCCGGUGCGACCUCGCCGUGACGCCGAACGAGGGCAAGGCCGUGGACCCGGACGACGAGAGCUCCUGGCUCCGCUGCGACCAGGGCGGCGCGCAGACGCUGGCGUCCGUCUUCGAGGUCACGCCGUCGUCGAGCCCGGGCCGGGUCCGGCUCCGGAGUCUGGCGAACGGGAAAUUCGUCGAGAUGGUCCCCCCGAACGCCGCGCUGUCCUGGGUCGUGCGCGCGUCCCUCGACGGCGACGCGCCGACGGGCGAGUUCGACGUCGUCGAGAAGGCCUACCUGCGGGGCGCGAGGGCCGGCGGCUUCGUCACGGCGAUCCUCGAGAACGGCGAGGCCAAGGUCUCGAACCCCGUGCGGGGCCACGGCAACAAGCCGCGGAACAAGUCGGCCGCGGGCCGCGAGAGCCUGAACCGCUUCGAGUGGCGGUGGCUCGACGACGCCGCCGUCGCCCAGGCGCGGGCGAACAGCGCCGCGGUCGCGAAGGAGCAGGAGGCGCUCCAGGCGCCGCCGCCGACUUUGGGCGACGUCUCGCACGAGAAGCGCGUCGUCGCCUACGGUUUGUACGGGUCGGACCCCAAGUACUGCACGGGCGCGAUCCGGAACUCGGAGCUCGUCAAGGAGGUCUUCCCGGGCUGGGUCGCGCGCUACUACCACCGCGAGGACGUGCCCGAGCACGUCUUGCAGGCGCUCCGGGACAACGGCGCGGAGCUCGUGCUCAUGAGCAAGGGGUCGAAGACGACCCAGGGCGACAUCGCGGGCAUGUUCUGGCGCUUCCUCGUCGCCGACGACCCCACCGUGGACCGCUACAUCGUCCGCGACAGCGACUCGCGGCUGAACGCGCGCGAGGCGCACGCCGUCAACGAGUGGAUCGCGAGCGGCAAGGGCAUCCACACGAUCCGCGACCACCCGAACCACGACCGGCCCCUCAACGGCGGGCUCUGGGGCGGCGUCAAGGGCGCCUUCCCGGGCAUGGCCAAGGAGGUCAAGAACUUCGAGAACAAGCAGGGCUACGGCGGCGACCUCCAGUUCCUCAACACGGUCGUCUGGCCCCGCGUCAAGAACAACCAGUUCGGCCACGACGCCUACACGUGCAACAAGUACCCGAACAGCCACCCCUUCCCGACGAAGCGGCCCGAGAACUACCAGCACGUCGGCCAGGUCUUCAACGCGAACGACCAGAGCCGCGCGCGCGACAUCAACGGCUACAUGCGCGGGCGCAAGAUCCCGCCCAAGUGCCGGAAGCAGGAGACGUGGUGGUACGGCUAG